AUGGUUUCUAUUGUUCUAGGCAGUCAAUGGGGAGAUGAAGGAAAGGGAAAGAUCACAGACAUGCUGUCGCAAGACGCAACUCUCUGCUGUCGUGCAGCUGGUGGUCACAAUGCCGGCCACACUAUUGUCCACGAGAACGUCACCUACGACUUCCACAUCCUGCCUUCCGGUCUGGUCUCGCCUAAAUGCCUCAACCUCAUCGGUGCCGGAACCGUCUUCCACGUCCCCAGCUUCUUCAAGGAACUGGCCGCUAUUGAGUCCAAGGGUCUGAAGGGUGCUUCCCAGCGCAUCUUCGUCUCGGACCGUGCACACGUCUGCUUCGACCUCCACUCUGUCGUUGAUGGUCUCGAGGAGCAGGGUCUCGGUGGCCGUAAGGUCGGCACUACCGGUAAGGGUAUCGGCCCUUGCUACAGUGACAAGGCCGCACGCCGUGGUGUGCGCGUCGGCGAGAUCUUGGACGAGGUCACCUUUGAGCGCAAGCUGCGCACUCUUGACACCGCUUACCGCACACGCUACGGAGACAUCGCCUACGAUGUCGAGGAGGAAAUUGCACGAUUCAAGGAAUACCGCAACCUCCUCAAGCCCCACAUCGUCGACCAGCUCGAAUUCCUGCAGGAGCACAAGAACUCCCCCAACACAUUGGUCGAGGGCGCCAACGCCCUGAUGCUCGACCUCGACCACGGCACAUACCCCUUCGUGACCUCCUCAUCAACAGGCCUCGGCGGAGCCGUCCAAGCGCUCGCCCUCAACCCCUCCAGCAUCAAGUCCGUCAUCGGUGUCGUGAAGGCUUACACGACGCGUGUCGGCUCCGGUCCCUUCCCCAGCGAGCAGCUCAACGCCGACGGCGAGAAGCUGCAGCAGGUCGGUCGCGAGUUCGGUGUUACCACUGGCCGUCGUCGCCGCUGCGGAUGGUUGGACCUUGUGCUGUGCCGCUACUCCCACGCCAUCAACCACUACACCGCUCUGAACCUGACCAAGCUUGACGUUCUGGACGACUUUGAUGAGAUCAAGGUUGGCGUUGCUUACAUUCUGCCUGAUGGAAAGCGUACCACUGGUACUUUCCCGGCUGAUCCUAAUGUUGUCGAGAAGAUCCAGGUCGAGUAUGUUACUCUGCCUGGUUGGAAGUCCAACACUAUGGGUGCUAAGCGUUACGAGGAUCUUCCUCCUAAUGCUAAGGCUUACAUUGAGUUCAUUGAGCGUGAGCUUGGUGGUGUCCCUGUCAAGUGGAUCGGUACUGGUCCUGCCAGAGAGGACAUGAUCGCUCGCGAAUAG